UAAAAUGUAUUGAUGAUAUGGUAGGCCCAAUUAAGCACUACAAUGAGCUGUUGAAAAAUGGACAAGUGCAUAAAGCAAAAGUAAUUGAAUAAUUGCCUCAAUUAUUCUAUUCAAGUCUAUACAUUUUGAGAAGAGAAAAGAGGACUGUUUUGAUUAGCUGAAAAAUAGCUGUACUAAUUUCAAGCAAUCACUAAUCAUUCUUGUUUGCAAAUUACUCUCAACAUUCAACAGAUUUGAGAAAUGGAGAUUGGGUUAGCAGUUGGUGGUGCAUUUCUCUCCUCAGCUUUGAAUGUUCUGUUUGAUAGGCUUGCUCCUAACGGUGAUCUGCUCAACAUGUUUCGGAAGCAUCAGGAUCAUGUUAAGCUCUUAAAGAAGCUGGAGGACAUUUUGCUUGGUCUUCAGAUUGUGCUAAGUGAUGCAGAGAAUAAGCAAGCAUCAAAUCGACAUGUGAGCCAAUGGUUUAAUAAGCUUCAGAGUGCUGUGGAAGGCGCUGAAAACUUGAUAGAAGAAUUCAAUUAUGAAGCUUUGAGACUUAAGGUGGAAGGCCAGCAUCAAAAUCUUGCAGAAACAAGCAAUCAACAAGUAAGUGACCUUAACCUGUGCUUGAGUGAUGAUUUCUUUCUUAACAUAAAGGAAAAGUUGGAAGAAACCAUUGAAACAUUGGAGGUGUUGGAAAAGCAAAUUGGUCGCCUUGGCUUAAAGGAGCAUUUUAUUUCGACCAAACAAGAUACUAGAACACCUUCAACUUCUUUGCUUGAUGAUUCUGGUGUCUUUGGAAGGCAGAAUGAAAUAGAGAAUUUGAUUGGCCGUUUGUUUUCUAUGGAUACAAAGGGAAAAAAUCUGGCUGUAGUUCCUAUUGUCGGAAUGGGCGGCUUGGGUAAGACAACACUUGCUAAAGCCGCUUACAAUGAUGAGAGAGUGCAGAAACAUUUUGUUUUGAAAGCUUGGUUUUGUGUUUCUGAGGUAUAUGAUGCUUUCACAAUAACAAAAGGUUUACUUCAAGAAAUUGGAUCAUUUGACUUGAAGGUUGAUCACAAUCUUAAUCAGCUACAAGUCAAAUUGAAGGAAAAGCUGAAUGGAAAAAGGUUUCUUGUUGUCCUUGAUGACGUGUGGAAUGACAAUUACAACGAGUGGGAUGACUUGAGAAAUAUUUUUGUACAAGGAGAUAUAGGAAGUAAGAUCAUUGUGACAACACGCAAAGACAGUGUUGCCUUGAUGAUGGGAAAUGAGCAAAUUAGCAUGGGCAAUUUGUCUACCGAAGCCUCUUGGUCUUUAUUUCAAAGACAUGCAUUUGAAAACAUGGAUCCUAUGGGACAUCCGGAACUUGAAGAGGUUGGAAGACAAAUUGCAGCUAAGUGCAAAGGACUGCCCUUAGCUCUGAAGACGCUCGCUGGCAUGUUACGCUCCAAAUCAGAGGUUGAAGAGUGGAAAUGUAUUCUGAGAAGUGAAAUAUGGGAGCUGCAAGACAAUGACAUAUUACCAGCGUUAAUGUUGAGCUACAAUGAUCUUCCCGCACAUUUAAAGCGAUGCUUUUCUUUUUGUGCAAUAUUUCCUAAAGAUUAUCCAUUUAGGAAAGAACAAGUUAUUCAUCUCUGGAUUGCCAAUGGUCUUGUACCUGUGGAAGAUGAAAUAAUUCAAGAUUUAGGCAACCAAUUCUUUUUCGAGUUGAGUUCAAGAUCAUUAUUUGAAAGGGUCCCAAAUCCUUCUGAAGGAAACAUAAAGGAAUUAUUCCUAAUGCAUGACCUUGUCAACGAUUUAGCCCAACUUGCAUCUUCAAAACUUUGUAUCAGGUUGGAAGAGAGCCAAGGAUCUCAUAUGUUGGAACAAUGUCGGCACUUAUCUUAUUCAAUAGGAGUUAAUGGUGAGUUUGAGAAAUUGGCACCCCUCUACAAAUUGGAGCAGCUGAGGACAUUGCUUCCGACAUGUAUUAGUGUCAAUUAUUGUUAUCACCCUCUAACCAAGAGGGUGUUGCAUAACAUACUGCCUACACUAAGAUCCUUAAGGGCAUUAUCAUUGUCAGGUUAUGGGAUGAAGGAGUUGCCAAAUGACUUGUUUAUCAAAUUAAAGCUCCUCAGAUUUUUAGAUAUUUCUCGGACAGAGAUUAAAAGGUUGCCAGAUUCCAUUUGUGUGUUGUAUAACUUAGAGACACUUCUCCUGUCAUCUUGUGGUACUCUUGAGGAGCUACCGCUGCAGAUGGAGAAGUUGAUUAACUUGCGUCAUCUUGACAUAAGCAACACUCGGCGCUUGAAGAUGCCACUACAUCUGAGCAGGUUGAAAAGCCUCCAAGUGUUGGUGGGAGCCAAGUUUUUUGUAGGUGGUUGGAGAAUGGAAGAUUUGGGUGAAGCACAAAACUUAUAUGGAUCUCUAUCAGUUGUGAAGUUGGAAAAUGUGGUUGAUAGAAGGGAAGCUGUGAAGGCAAAGAUGAGGGAGAAGAAUCAUGUUGAGCAAUUAUUAUUGGAGUGGAGUGAAAGUAGUAUUGCCGACAAUUCACAAACAGAAAGAGACAUACUUGAUGAGCUACGCCCACAUAAAAACAUUAAAGAAGUCAAAAUCAGUGGAUAUAGAGGGACAAACUUUCCCAAUUGGGUAGCUGAUCCUUCGUUUGUUAAGCUGGUGAAUUUGUCUCUUAGAAACUGCAAGAACUGUUAUUCCUUGCCAGCACUAGGACAACUCCCUUGUUUGAAAUUCCUUUCCGUUAAAGGGAUGCAUGGGAUAAGAGUGGUGACGGAAGAAUUCUAUGGUAGUUUGUCCUCCGAAAAGCCUUUUAAUUCUCUUGUGGAGCUUGAAUUUGAAGAUAUGGCGGAGUGGAAGCAAUGGCACGCACUAGGAAUUGGAGAGUUCCCUACACUUGAGAAACUUUUAAUAGAAAAUUGUCCUGAUCUCAGUUUGGAGACACCGAUCCAACUUUCAAGUUUAAAAAGGUUUGGGGUUGUUGGUUGUCCAGUUGUUUUUGAUGAUGCUCAACUGUUAAGAUCCCAACUUGAGGGAAUGAAGCAGAUUGUGGAAUUAGAUAUACGUGAUUGUAAGUCUGUUACCUCCUUUCCUUUUAGCAUACUGCCAACUACCUUGAAGACAAUACAGAUAUCUCGUUGCCCAAAAUUGAAAUUGGAGGCUCCAGUUGGUGAGAUGUUUGUGGAGUAUUUGAGUGUGAAUGAUUGUGGUUGUGUAGAAGAUAUAUCACCUGAGUUUCUCCCAACAGCACGUAAAUUGAUUAUUACGGAUUGCCAGAACGUUACUAGGAUUUUGAUUCCUACUGCCACUGAAACUCUCACUAUUGAGAAUUGUGAGAAUGUUGAAAAACUAUCGGUGGCAUGUGGAGGAGCGGCCCAGAUGACGUCUCUGAUUAUUUCGGAGUGUAAGAAGCUCAAGUGUCUUCCAGAACGUAUGCAGGAACUCCUUCCAUCUCUCAAGGAACUGCGUCUGUCUGAUUGUCCAGAAAUAGAAGGAGAAUUGCCCUUCAAUUUACAAAAACUCUAUAUCAGUUAUUGCAAGAAAUUGGUGAAUGGCCGAAAGGAGUGGCAUUUACAGAGACUCACAGAGUUAUGGAUCCAUCAUGAUGGGAGUGACGAAGAUAUUGAACAUUGGGAGUUGCCUUCCUCUAUUCAGAGUCUUACCAUAUGCAAUCUGAUAACAUUAAGCAGCCAACAUCUCAAAAGCCUCACCUCUCUUCAAUAUCUAUGUUUUGAUGGUAAUUUAUCUCAGAUUCAGUCACAAGGCCAGCUUUCCUCCUUUUCUCACCUCACUUCGCUUCAAACUCUACAAAUCCGUAAUCUCCAAUCACUUGCUGCAUUAGCACUGCCCUCCUCCCUCUCUCACCUGACCAUCCUCAAUUUCCCUAAUCUCCAAUCACUUUCAGAAUCAGCACUGCCCUCCUCCCUCUCUCACCUGAUCAUAGAUGAUUGCCCUAAUCUCCAAUCACUUUCAGAAUCAGCACUGCCCUCCUCCCUCUCUCACCUGGACAUCUCCAAUUGCCCUAAUCUCCAAUCACUUUCAGAAUCAGCACUGCCCUCCUCCCUCUCUAGCCUGACCAUCUAUGAUUGCCCUAAUCUCCAAUCACUUCCAGUAAAAGGGAUGCCGUCUUCCCUCUCUGAACUAGCAAUUUCCAAAUGUCCAUUGCUCAAACCACUACUAGAAUUUGGAAAGGGGGAAUACUGGCCAAAUAUUGCUCAUAUCCCCUCCAUAUACAUCGAUUGGGAACGCAUGUAAUGAUUAAAACGAAUGGCUCCCCAACUGAUAUGUGGAUUUUGAAGAGCGAGUACGACAAGUCUGGUACAUCAAUUGUCCGUAGGAAGUGUUUCUAAGUGAAUUUUCAGGUUUGUUGUUAUAGGCAAGUCUUUGAGAUGCGACUAUCAAAGAAGGGCGAUUACGAUCAGUGUACCGCUGAUAUUAUUUCAUGUUUCCAGUGCAAGCUUCUUUUGUAAGUUGACAAACUUGAUUAGUUAAUAUGUUUGGGACUCAACUACUACUCAUUUUGUAAGACUUGUGUACAGAAAAUCAAAUUAGAAUUAUAACUCGUGAUGGUUGAAUAAACUCCAAGAAGUACCGAUAUAUUUUUAUAGUGGAUAUGUUGUUUGCUCA